GGGGGGAGGCGCUCAAGAGCCAUUCUCGCCGGUGUGAAAGGGCCAGUUAUUUUUUACCCAUAUAACAGCAGCAGAGGAGGGAAUGAGGAGCAAAGACAAGAGCUCCUGGAAGGCAGCUAGCAGGAGAGAAUCAGGAAGAGGCCCGGCACUAACCUGCACAUAAGAGAGUUUUCAGGACCGGCGAUGUCUACCCCAGACCCCCCUGUGGGAGGGACACCUCACCCAGGCCCCUCCCCAGGCCCCGGUCCCUCCCCAGGCUCCACCCACAGCAUGAUGGGGCCCAGUCCAGGACCCCCUUCUUCAGGGCACCCCCUUCCAGCUUCGGGGCCCUCCGGAUUCUCCCAGGAGAACAUGCAUCAGAUGCACAAACCCAUAGAGGGAAUGCAUGAGAAGAACAUGCCCGAAGACCCACGCUUUGGGCAGAUGAAGGGCAUGUCCAUGAGAUCCGGGACCCACAGCGGAAUGGGGCCCCCGCCCAGCCCCAUGGAUCAGCAUUCCCAAGGCUACUCCUCUCCGCUAGGAGGUUCUGAGCACGGGCCCAGCUCUGUUCCAGCAAGUGGACCUCCCUCUGGUCCUCUCGUGUCCUCUGGUGGACCAAGUGGAGUUUCUAUGGAUGGCACAGAUGCCCAGGCUGUAGGCCUGCAAAAUCGGGGCUCCACUCCACCUGGAGCUGGAACCCCCACCAGUGGCAACCCAAGCAGCACUAGCGGGCCCACACCUUUCAACCAGAACCAGCUGCACCAGUUGCGGGCCCAGAUCAUGGCCUACAAGAUGCUGGCACGAGGGCAGCCACUGCCGGACCACCUGCAGAUGGCAGUGCAGGGCAAGCGACCCAUGCCAGCGAUGCAGCAGCAGCAGCAACAGCCGCAGCAGCAGUCCGCAGCCGGCAUGCCCCCCGGUGCCGGGCCCGCCACAUCCGGCUACAGCAGGCCUCACGGAAUGGGAGGACCCAACAUGCCCCCUCCAGGGCCCUCUGGAGUUGCACCCGGGAUGCAGGGACAGCCACCCAACGCCACCCCAAAAGCAUGGCACGAAGGGCCGGUGGUCAAUGCGGCAGCUCCCUCCAGCACCCCCCAGAAGCUAAUCCCCCCGCAGCCCACUGGCCGCCCCUCUCCGGCUCCUCCAUCAGUGCCCCCCGCGGCUUCCCCGGUUAUGCCACCACAGACCCGGUCUCCUGGGCAACCGGCCCAGCCCCCGUCCAUGGUCCCACUGCAACAGAAACAGAACCGCAUCACACCUAUUCAGAAGCCCUGUGGCUUGGACCCGGUGGAGAUCCUGCAGGAGCGGGAGUACAGGUUGCAGGCUCGCAUUGCGCACCGUAUCCAGGAGCUUGAGAACCUCCCUGGCUCACUGGCUGGUGAUCUCCGAACCAAAGCCAACAUCGAGCUGAAGGCGCUCAGGCUCCUCAACUUCCAAAGACAGCUGCGUCAGGAGGUGGUAGUGUGCAUGCGGCGUGACACGGCCCUGGAGACGGCCCUUGAUGGCAAGGCCUAUAAGCGCAGCAAACGGCAAUCCCUGCGUGAGGCCCGCAUCACUGAGAAGCUGGAGAAACAGCAGAAGAUUGAACAGGAGCGCAAACGCCGCCAGAAGCACCAGGAGUACCUCAACAGCAUCCUUCAGCAUGCCAAGGACUUCAAGGAGUACCACCGUUCUAUCACGGGAAAGAUCCAGAAGCUGACCAAAGCUGUGGCCACGUACCACACCAACACUGAGCGUGAGCAGAAGAAGGAGAACGAGCGCAUCGAGAAGGAGAGGAUGAGGAGGCUGAUGGCUGAGGAUGAAGAGGGCUACCGGAAGCUAAUUGACCAGAAGAAGGACAAACGUCUGGCCUACCUGCUGCAGCAGACAGAUGAGUAUGUGGCCAACCUGACAGAGCUGGUGCGAGCACACAAGGCUGUGCAGGCCCUCAAGGAGAAGAAGAAGAAGAAAAAGAAGAAGCAGAAGCUGGAGAAUGCCGAGGGCCAAGCUCCUACCCUGGGGCCAGAUGGAGAGCCUCUGGAUGAAACCAGCCAGAUGAGUGACCUUCCCGUCAAGGUUAUCCAUGUGGACAGUGGCAAGAUAUUGACUGGGGUAGAUGCUCCCAAGGCUGGCCAACUUGAGGCCUGGUUGGAGAUGAACCCAGGGUACGAAGUGGCCCCCAGGUCUGACAGCGAGGACAGCGGCUCAGAGGAGGAAGAGGAGGAGGAGGAUGGGCAGCCUCAGCCAUCCCAGCCUCCCAUGGAGGAGAAGAAGAAGAUCCCCGACCCGGACAGUGAGGAUGUGUCUGAGGUGGAUGCGCGCCACAUCAUCGAACAUGCCAAACAGGACGUGGAUGAUGAGUAUGGAAGUGCUGCUUUCGCUCGUGGCCUGCAGUCCUACUACGCGGUGGCCCACGCCGUCACAGAAAAAGUGGACAGGCAGUCCUCUCUGCUCGUUAAUGGGCAGCUGAAGCAGUACCAGAUCAAGGGCCUGGAGUGGCUGGUGUCCCUCUACAAUAACAACCUGAACGGGAUCCUGGCCGACGAGAUGGGCCUGGGAAAGACCAUCCAGACCAUCGCGCUCAUCACUUACCUCAUGGAGUACAAGCGCAUCAAUGGGCCCUUCCUCAUCAUUGUGCCCUUGUCAACUCUCUCUAACUGGGUGUAUGAGUUCGAUAAGUGGGCUCCAUCCGUGGUGAAGGUCUCUUACAAGGGAUCCCCCGCAGCCAGACGGGCCUUCGUGCCUCAGCUGCGCAGCGGCAAGUUCAACGUGCUGCUCACCACCUAUGAGUACAUCAUCAAGGACAAGCAAGUGCUAGCCAAGAUCCGUUGGAAAUACAUGAUCGUGGAUGAGGGCCACCGCAUGAAGAACCACCAUUGCAAGUUGACGCAGGUGCUGAACACACACUACCUGGCACCCCGGCGCGUGCUCCUGACGGGCACCCCUCUGCAGAACAAGCUACCGGAGCUGUGGGCCCUGCUCAACUUCCUGCUGCCAACCAUCUUUAAGAGCUGCAGCACCUUCGAGCAGUGGUUCAACGCGCCGUUCGCCAUGACCGGCGAGAAGGUGGACCUUAAUGAAGAAGAGACCAUCCUAAUCAUCCGCCGUCUACACAAAGUGCUCAGGCCCUUCCUGCUCCGGCGCCUCAAGAAAGAAGUGGAGGCACAGCUGCCGGAGAAGGUGGAGUACGUGAUCAAGUGCGACAUGUCCGCUUUGCAGCGGGUGCUGUACCGGCACAUGCAGGCCAAGGGGGUGUUGCUCACUGAUGGCUCCGAGAAGGACAAGAAGGGUAAAGGUGGUACCAAGACACUGAUGAACACCAUCAUGCAACUGAGGAAGAUCUGCAACCACCCAUACAUGUUCCAGCAGAUUGAGGAGUCCUUCUCAGAGCACUUGGGAUUCACAGGAGGAAUUGUUCAGGGGCCAGACCUGUACCGUGCCUCGGGCAAAUUCGAGGUGCUGGAUCGCAUUCUGCCCAAGCUGCGCGCCACUGGCCACAAGGUGCUUCUCUUCUGCCAGAUGACCUCCCUUAUGACCAUCAUGGAGGACUACUUUGCCUACCGCAACUUCAAAUACCUACGUCUGGAUGGCACAACUAAGGCGGAGGACCGUGGGAUGCUGCUGAAAACCUUCAACGACCCUGCCUCCCAGUACUUCAUCUUCCUCCUGAGCACCAGGGCUGGGGGGCUGGGCCUGAACCUGCAGUCGGCCGACACUGUGGUCAUCUUCGACAGUGACUGGAACCCUCACCAGGACCUACAGGCACAGGACCGUGCCCAUCGUAUCGGUCAGCAGAAUGAGGUGCGUGUGCUGCGACUCUGCACCGUCAACAGUGUGGAGGAAAAGAUCCUGGCUGCUGCUAAGCACAAGCUCAAUGUGGAUCAGAAGGUCAUCCAGGCCGGCAUGUUUGACCAGAAGUCCUCCAGCCAUGAGCGCCGGGCCUUCCUGCAGGCCAUCUUGGAGCACGAGGAGCAGGAUGAGGAGGAAGAUGAGGUGCCUGAUGAUGAGACUGUCAACCAGAUGAUUGCCAGGAGCGAGGAGGAGUUUGACCAGUUCAUGCGAAUGGACCUGGACCGUCGCCGGGAGGAGGCGCGCAACCCGAAGCGCAAGCCGCGCCUCAUGGAGGAGGACGAACUGCCCACCUGGAUCAUGAAGGACGAUGCCGAGGUGGAGCGCCUCACCUGCGAGGAGGAAGAGGAGAAGAUGUUCGGCCGUGGAUCCCGUCAGCGCAAGGAGGUGGAUUACAGCGACUCGCUCACCGAGAAGCAGUGGCUCAAGGCCAUAGAGGAGGGCACGCUGGAGGAGAUCGAAGAGGAGGUGCGGCACAAGAAGACGACCCGCAAGCGCAAGCGGGACCGUGAGUUGGACCUGCCAAGCCCCGCAGUGGCCGGCUCCAGCAGCACCCGCAGCCGGGACCGCGACGAAGACAGCAAGAGGCAGAAGAAGCGCGGCAGACCACCCGCCGAGAAGCUGUCACCCAACCCACCCAACCUGACGAAGAAGAUGAGGAAGAUCGUGGAUGCGGUCAUCAAGUACAAGGACAGCAGCAAUGGGCGCCAGCUCAGCGAUGUCUUCAUCCAGCUGCCCUCCCGCAAGGAGCUGCCCGAGUACUACGAGCUCAUCCGCAAGCCCGUCGACUUUCGCAAGAUCAAGGAGAAGAUCAGGAGCCAUCGCUACCGCAGCCUGAAUGACCUGGAAAAGGACGUGAUGCUCCUGUGUCAGAACGCACAGACCUUCAAUCUGGAGGGCUCCCUGAUCUACGAAGACUCUAUCGUCCUGCAGUCGGUGUUUACCAGCGUGAGGCAGAAGAUUGAGAAAGAGGAGGACACGGAAGGCGAUGACAGCGAGGAGGAAGAGGAGGAUCUGGAUGACGGCUCUGAGUCGGAAUCUCGCUCGGUGAAGGUUAGGAUCAAGCUGGGCAGGAAGGAGAAGGGCCUUGAGCGAGGGAAAGGCCGGCGCAGGGUGGGCCGCGGAUCCAGGGCCAAGCCUGUGGUGAGCGACGACAGUGAGGAGGAGCAGGAGGAGGAGCGCUCACCCAGCGGCAGCGAGGAGGACUGAGCGACGCCCAGAUGGGACCAUUUACACACGGCCACCUGCAGCCAAACAAGUGAUAAUGCGUAUUAGUUGGGAAAGAAUUUUUGUGGUGGACAGGGGGGUGCAUGGUGUAGUUGUUUUUAGUGUAAAGUGUAUCAUAUGCUGAAAUAACCAAAACAAGAAUAUGGUCAAAACUGAGAUGAAUGUCAGACUUCCAGACACACACACCCUGGCCGAAGGUAUAGUCCCUUUUCUGUAACCGCAUGUUCGUUUUCUGUCGUCUGUCCUCUUGUAAAAAAUGACAAGGCUUAAUAGCCGUGUGGAGCUGAAACGUGCACUUUGUGGGUUUGUUAGCAAAUGUCUGUGGCAGAGCUUCCGGCGAGACCCUGGAUCCACAGCCGUUCCAGACUCGAGCACAUGCAAACACGACUGUGUAGAUACGUUGUGGUGUUCUGUUGCGUGGUCUUUCUAGAUGUUUCAUUUUAAGAAGAACUCUCUAGACCCCUGUCCUUGUGCUCGUCCCCGAACCUCUGCUCGUGUUGGAGGAGGCACUGGGGAGGGAGUCACUGGAAUUCAUACUCUUCCCAAUAAAGACAUCUCACCAAACGGCUGCUGUCAGUGCUGUUACUGCUGUGCUAAAGCAUUGUCCAGAUAAUUCGAA